AUGGGUGCUCCAAGCCCACAGUCCGAGACGCAGUCGACUCCAGCCCCAGCUCAGUCGCAGACCUCCAACAACGACCAGUCGGCCAUAGGUAGUGCGCCUGCAAACCAAACACCAGGACACCCGAGCUUCAGGAGGCAGCGCGCCUCCCGUGCGUGUGAAACAUGCCAUGCGCGGAAAGUUCGGUGCGAUGCGGCAUCCCUUGGGGUUCCAUGCACAAAUUGCGUAGCAUUCUCCAUUGAGUGCCGAAUUCCCAUUCCCAAACGGAAGAGGGCUGGUGCUGCUCGAGCGAGAGAUGAGGAAAGUGAGGCUGGCGACUCCCAGCAGCCAACUACGCCCACAAAUCCCCGGCUUACACGCCCGUCACUACCGAAACCUACUACUGGGUACAAUUCUCCUGAUGGAAUUCCGUCUACCCAAAUGUCGGAGGCGCAAGCCGCCCAGCAAGCCACCAAUAAUAGCACCAUGGCCCAGUUCAUGAAACCCAAGUUUGCUCGGGCCCCUAUUAAAGAAGCCGGCCGAGUAGCCUACCUGGGAGAGUCUUCGAAUCUGUCGUUGUUGGUGCAUGAUCGACAUGGCACCACCGAUGUGGUGCACUAUCCAUUACCAGAGAACAUUCGAGGAGCACGUGCUCGUCUGACGGAGCCAGACCAGAUGGAAAUUGAAAUCCUCCAACAGCGAGGGGCAUUCUUACUUCCGCCCCGUGCUUUGUGUGAUGAGCUCGUCGAUGCCUACUUUCGAUGGGUCGCUCCCAUUGUACCAGUCAUCAAUAGAACACGGUUCAUGAAGAGGUAUAAGGAUACGAAGAAUCCGCCGUCAUUGCUGCUUCUUCAGGCCGUCUUGCUGGCGGGCUCCAGGGUCUGCACGAAUCCGCAGCUGAUGGAUGCCACAGGCUCCACCACGCCUGCAGCAAUGACCUUUUAUAAGCGCGCAAAAGCCCUGUACGAUGCCAAUUAUGAAGAUGAUCGCAUUACAAUUGUACAGGCUUUGGUAUUGAUGGGCUGGUACUGGGAGGGGCCCGAAGAUGUGACGAAGAAUGUUUUCUACUGGACUAGGGUGGCUAUUGUGGUUGCCCAGGGUGCUGGCAUGCAUCGAAGUGUCGAAAGCUCACAGCUCAGCAGACAAGACAAACGGCUUUGGAAGAGAGUUUGGUGGUCUCUCUUCACAAGAGAUCGAUCGGUUGCUGUGGCCCUAGGUCGCCCUGUUUCGAUCAACACCGACGACUCUGACGUCGAGAUGAUUACUGAGGAAGACUUCAUCGAAGACGAGGGAGAUCCAAAUAACGACUACAAGGCCGACCCGGUCCACAUUCAGUUCUUCUUGCAAUACGUCAAGCUCUGCGAGAUCAUGGGUCUCGUCUUGUCUCAACAAUAUUCGGUCGCAUCCAAAGCCCGGAGAACAAAUGCCAUCGACCUUACUCAUAGUGACAUGGCAUUGGCGGACUGGCUUCAAAACUGCCCUCGGGAAGUAUAUUGGGAGCGCUCACGCCAUCAUUUCUGGUCGGCCCUGCUCCAUUCCAACUAUUAUACGACGUUGUGUCUGCUCCAUCGAGCUCACAUGCCGCCCGCCACGGCCAAACCGCACGACUAUGAAAAUGUGGACAUGGCCUAUCCUUCUAGGACGAUCGCAUUCCAGGCCGCCGGCAUGAUCACAUCCAUAAUGGAGAAUCUGCUGGCCCAUGACCAAGUCAAGUAUACCCCAGCGUUCAUUGUGUAUAGUUUAUUCUCUGCUCUGAUUAUGCAUGUGUACCAAAUGCGCUCUUCUGUGCCAUCCGUUGUGGCGGCCAGCCAGGAGCGCAUCAACGUGUGCAUGAAUGCUCUGAAAGAAGUCUCCAAAGUCUGGCUGGUUGCCAAAAUGGUCCACACUUUGUUUGAAUCCAUCCUUGGAAAUAAGGUCCUCGAAGAGAGACUCCAGAAAGCAACGGGAAAGAAGGCUCAACGGUCCAGAGGGAACCCAAAUUCUGGAGGUCAGUCGAAUGGAAAUGCGAACGGCAACACGCAACCUGCGGCUGCCCCUGCAUCGGUGCCAGCUCCGCCGCCGAACCCAAGCAAGCGCAAAUUUGACGAGAUCGACUUGGGAUUCAACGUUGGACCGCCGGCUCCUCAGAUGUCGUAUGAGCGAUCGCGACCCCAGACACCAGCCGUGACACCUUCUCGAGAAUUACCACAACAGCAUCAACCGCACAAUUUCUUAGGUUCCCCUCCGUUGCAGACCGAACAAUACCUGCCAUCGUCAAGGUCUCGAGGAGCAUCUCGGAUACCAUCUCGAGGACCCACCAGGGCCAACUCUCCAUUCAAUGGGUACUCCAUACCUGCCACCCCCCCGGAUCUAUUCCUAGUAACUCGAGAUUCACCCAACAUUUCACAACAAUUAUGGGAGAAUUUCCAGCCUGACCAACUGUUCCCCGAUGGAACCAUUGGAGACGUCAAUAAUUUCACAAGUCCUGUUAUGAAUCAUGCUGUCGACCCUCAGCUUCAGAUGCAGGCUCAGGCAAUGACGGGUCAGCAAAUACCGCAGAUUGACGUUUCAGGGCAACCUCAAGUAUGGCCCCCAGGAAUGCAAGGUAUGAUGGGGGCUGGUAUGGAGAUGCAUGACAGCGACGGAUGGUCGACGAGUUCGAUCGGUAACGCCCCGGUAGCGCCCACUACUCUGAAUGUGGAGGAUUGGUUCCAGUUCUUCGGUAUCAAUGGAGAGAUGGCUGGAAUGAGCGUUGACGGAACCCAGGCUAAUAUUGAAUGA